AUGAGACGAAUAAAUCGUAUAGAAGCCAUGAAUACUGAUGUUGGUGACUUAACAUGUGCCAUAGUGACAACUACUACACAAAUAGAAAUUAUACGACAUAUAAAAGUGACACCAACAAAUGAAGUAGUUUCUCGAUUACAUUCUACUCUUGAUCGGUCACUUACUGAUCAUGUUAAAUCUUCAACAAGACCUUGGACAACUAUACAUCGUGUUCGAACACCUAUAACCCUUAAACGUUCACAGAAAACAUUAUGGUUAAUUGGUUGCUUGUUUAUCAAUGUUGGAAUAUUCGCUCUUUCAAUUGUAAUUAUUGGUUUAACAAUUGCUUUUAGAGACAUUAAUACUAUUAAAGAAAUUGAUAUUGAAAGAUACGAUCUGGGUGAUUUAUAUUAUGGUAUAAAUACUGUUGAUCAGAUGAAUUUUUCUUCUAAUACUUAUUUAUCCAAUGAUAAUAAAAUUUUAAUUGAAAAAUAUUUUUCUAAUCAAUUACUUAAAGAAUCUGGUUAUCGUAAUUUAUUUAUUGAAAGAAUUUUUAUUCAAGAUCAAUUCAUUACAAAUAAACAAAAACAACGAUCAUGUUCAAUUAUUUUAAUUAUUCAAAAUAUUCAAAUCUAUUUUGAUCAAUGUUUAAAUUGUACAAAUGAACGUAAUAUUAUUCUACGUCGUUUAUUUUUUAAUAUAACUACUUUUCGACAAUCAUUUUAUUUAUUAUUAAAUAAUCUUCAUAUAUCUGUACAAAUUUGUUCAUCAUUAAAUAUAUUUCGUUUUAUUGUACCGAUACGACGAUUAAAUAUUUCGAAUGAACAAAAAAUUAAUUCAAGUUUAAUAAUAGAUAAUAAUAAUAAUCUUAAAUUUAUUUCUUCAACAAGGAAAAAUAUUUUAUCAUCAUUAAAAAUAAAUUCAUCAAUUGCUACAACAAAAUCUAUUUAUAUUAGUCCUAUUCUGUCGACUAUAAUCGAUACAACAUCAACAAUUCAUAUCAUUGAAACUACUAAUAUCAUAGAUUAUUUAGAUAAAUCGAUAAGUUCUACAACAGAUGAUUUAUUAACAACAACAGAUUUUAAUUCAUUUCAAACACAAGAAAUAUCUUCAGUUUUUUUUAAUGAAACUCAAACAUCUAAUUAUAUCGAAGAAACUACUCAAUUAUCGACAUAUAUAUCACAAGAAACAACUAAUAUUCAACAACAAUCAUCAAUUAAAUCAAAUAUUGCAACUAACAUGUCUUUUGAAAAAACAACUCCAAAUAUGUUUCAAUUUUUACCAUUCAGACCACCUAAGACAUAUUUUCCAUGGCAAAGUACUUUAUCCAGUAGGUUUAAUGACACGAAAUUAUUAUAA